AUGGCUCCCAAGAACCAGAAUCCCAGUCACGGUCAAAAGGUUGAUCUUGGCCAGAACGCUCCCGUCAAGGAAGAGGGUGCAGGCAAGGUCGCCUCCGAGUCUCUUGCUGCCGAGUCCAUGAAGGAGGGCGGUGAAUUCGCUUCCAACGAGGGUAUUCGUGGUGAGAACCAACCCUCAUCCGCGUCUGAGAACACCAGCGCUGGCCGCAACACCGAUACCUCUUCGGCUCCUAGCUCCAAGUCUGCUCAGUCCAGCUCUGGCCAGUCCAGCUCCGACAAGUCUAGCGCUGGCCGUACUACCAAGACCUCUUCCGCUCUUGGCUCCAACGCCGAUUCCAAGUCUGGUCAGUCCGACUCUGCCAACAGCGGCACAGCUCCCAGCUACGUCGAGAACCAGUACAUCCGGAGCUCUGGUGGACCUCACGGCAAAAACAUCACCGAGGGAUUUGACGACUCCAAGACCAAGGAUGGCCUCAAGUUGGCUUUAGAGUCUGAGCCAGGCAGCGAAAAUGACCCUAGCCGGCUUGCUGAGCACCAGUUCCAGGAGAGACAGAAUGCUGUUGGUCGGGAUGCUGGCCCCAGGCAGAGUGCCCUCUCCAGCGAGACCCCUUUUGAUUCUCUCAACGACACUUCCUCUUAA